AUGCCCUUCGUGGAGAACCCCGCUCACCUGUCCAAGUCGCGCCUCAGGUCUGAUUUAGUGGCUCAUAACGUCCCGCUGCCGCCGGCAGCGAGCAAGAAGGAGGCGCUCGUGAAGCUGCACGAGAAACACAUUGAUCAGAGGCGCGCGGCGGAUUUCUCCAGCGACGAAGAGGAGGAGGAGGAGGACAGGCACAAGGAUGGUGCAGAGGCUAGAGAGCCGAUCGACCUCAGAUGUUUGACGGAUGACGAGCUGAGGGCCACUCUCCUCAAAUAUGGCUUCAAAGCUGGACCCAUCGUCGCCUCCACCAGGACCUUGUACGAGAAGAACCUCAGAAACCUGCUUCUGUCUGACGGAUAUGAGCUGCUGAACGAAGAGAACAUCACUGUCACAUAUUCUGACAGUGAGGAGGAAGGGGAGGAAGAGGAGAAGGAGGGAAACGGGGACCAAGAGGAUGAAGAAUCAGGUUCAGAGGAAACAUCCGACGAGUCGGAGCAGGUCCAACAGGAGAGCAGCGAGGCCGCAACUUCCAGAAAAAAGGAAUCUAGUUCCAUGAAGAAAUCAAGGGAUGCAUUAAAAUCAUCCACGCAGGCUCAGUCCAACUGCAUGCAGAUUCCUGCAGGGAUUACUGGGGCAUCCUCCAAAAAUCAGCGCGCAGGAUUAGCGUCAGGGGCCACAUCUGGAUGUCAGCCAGAUGUGUCUAAAGGUCACCCAUCUUUCACUGAGACCUUCAGCAUCACUGAAAUUCUCGAGAAGGAAAGUUUGAGACAUUCACACUAUCAUUUUAUCCUUGACUAUGACCACUCAGACGGAGCUCAAUGGGAGCAAUAUGCAGAAAAAUUGGCCGCGCUCCAACAGGAAUACACAGAGUUUCUGGAGAAACCGAAGAAGGAUAUCUUGAAGGAUCUACUGCCAGACACUCAGGCCACGCCCUCAGGGAUCUAUGUAACUUGCCGAAAACCUAUCAAGGGUGCAGCGAGGAGGCCGGUCCAGUACGCGUACCCAGACUCUCCUGUCAGUCCUGCCACCUUUGAGAGACGGGAAGUGGAGCGCCGCCUGGUGCCCAUGCACAUACGGAUUUUGGUCUUUUUCUUUUUGGUGUUCAUCCUGUACAUCAUUUACGUUAAUGUGUAGGACACGAGAUCUG